UUUUUCUUCACAGGUAGUCAACACGACCCCGAUCUCUGCAUGGGUUUCUGUGGCGAGUGUGGUGCGAAAGACGAGGGGGGCAAGUUUUGCGCCGAAUGCGGUGCUCUAGCCAGCGGCAAUGCUGGUCUCUUUGGAGACGCAUCGGUUGCAAUGGCUCCGUCUGCACCUUCAGCUCCAACGUCCCACCGGAUCGAUGCCGAGCGAAAAGCGAUUGCCACUCGUGAAUUGGCGGAACAAGCACGUCAAGAUGCAGCCAAGGCAGCCCUUCUCUUCGAGGAAACGGAACGUCGACGGCUGGAAGAUUCCUACCGUCUCGAAGAGCAGCAUCGCCUCGCCCAAGCCGCAAGUCAGCGAGAUGACAUCAUGGCCCGGCAACGUGAAGCCCACGCGAAGCGAGAAGAAGCCGAACGCCAAGCAGAAGAAGCGAGAAAGCGCGCCAUAAAGCUCCGCGAAGACGCCGCCGCUGCCACGCGGCUGAUGGAAGAGCAAAACCGCCGUCGCGAAGAAGAGAACUUGAGGCAACUGGAGCAACAACGCCAGCUCGAGAUGGAACGUCUGCGAGCGUCUCAUUUAGCUGAAGCGGAUCGUGCUCGAAAGGCUCGGGAAGAUGCCGAGGCGAAAGCAAUGGAGGCGAAAGCCGCCGCCGAAGCGUUGCGCAGCAAAGCAAUGGCUGCAGCAGCAGCGUUGGAGGAGCAACGCCGGGUACAGCAACAAAAAGCGCUUGAACGAGAGGAAUCUCGGCGGUUGCGGGAAGAGCAGCGAGAGCGCGAUGCACAGAUUGCACGGGCCAAUGAGGCGCGAGCGCAACGAGAAGCCGCUGAACGCAAUGCUGAAGCAGCGAGAGCCAAAGCCGAGCAGCUUCGGUUGGACGCAAUCACCGCCGAAGCAAACCGAUUACAAAAACAAUCCAGCUUGCUCCACUUGCAACAGCAGCAACAGUUUGCCACUUUGUCAACCAGUAGCGUUCGCGACUUGAGUGUGUCGAACGCGCCGUGUUCGCAAUGCCAGGCUCCAUGCAAAGCCACCCAAAAAUUCUGCCCCAAGUGCGGAUUCAAGCGCGUCGAUUCGGACAUGGUCAAACUUUCUCCUGCGGCUCCAGUGCCCUCCAAGAUAGACGUGUCGUGCGCUGCCUGCAAUGCGGCACUCAAACCGAACCAAAAAUUUUGCCCAAAGUGUGGUGCCCCAUCAUCGUCAUCGAGUGCACCGGUGCUUCCUCCGGCUAGCACGUCGACAUCCUUUCCUGCCGCCGUACCCUCGCCAGUACGAACGUGCGCUUCGUGCUUUGCACCUCUCAACGGGACCCCCAAAUUUUGCCCAAAGUGUGGCGCCCCAUCUGGUGCAGUAGCACCUCCUGCUGCAGUGGUUGCGGCUCCACCUCAGUCAUCGGUAGCCCUCGCCGGUGCCAUUCCCCUAGUGUCAGCCACGUCCGGAGGUCUACCUUGCCCCCAGUGUCGCUUUCAAUGCAAACCAUACGCAAAGUUUUGCCCUGGAUGUGGUGCGAAAUUCGGACAGCUCACGCCAGACCAAAUCGCUGCUCGUCAAGCUGACGACGACGAAGUGCGACACAACAUGGCUCACGCCCAAGCCAGACUGGAUGCGCAAAGACAAACGGAGCAGCUCCAUCGCGCGUCAGCGUCGUCCCUGGCAGCUCAAGCGGCCCAACAAGCUACGUCACGUCAACCGCCCCCGACAUCCUCGAACUACUCGCUAUUUUAGUGCAUCGUGACGAUGGAAACGAACGUAGUGUCGGCGUAAAUGACUUGUGCAAACGCGGAUUUCUUGUAUGCGUCAUGCUUGAAUCGGGUUCAAUGAGUCAUGGCCAUUGAAUCGGUUGGAGGGUGGAUGCCCUGGUCGUCAGUACCGUUGCCCAG